CCGGCUCCGCUCGAUUGCGCGCCUAAGCGGCAGGCGCGGAAAUGCAGCGGGACUUAGUGAGUUUCCCUCUGUCCCCAGCGGUGCGGGUGAAGCUGGUUUCUGCGGGUUUCCAGACUGCUGAGGAGCUCCUCGAGGUGAAACCCUCCGAGCUCAGCAAAGAAGUUGGGAUAUCUAAAGAGGAAGCUUUAGAAACUCUGCAAAUUAUAAGAAGAGAAUGUCUCACAAAUAAAACAAGCUAUGUUGGUACAGCUGAGUCAGGCAAGAAGUGUACAGCACUGGAACUUCUUGAGCAGGAGCAUACCCAGAACUUCAUAAUUACCUUCUGUUCAGCUCUAGAUAAUAUUCUUGGGGGUGGAAUACCCUUAACCAAAACAACAGAAAUUUGUGGUGCACCAGGUGUUGGAAAAACACAAUUAUGUAUGCAGUUGGCAGUAGAUGUACAGAUACCAGAAUGUUUUGGAGGAGUGGAAGGUGAAGCGGUUUUUAUUGAUACAGAGGGAAGUUUUAUGGUUGAGAGAGUGGUAGACCUUGCUACUGCCUGCAUUCAGCACCUUCAUCUUAUAGCAGGAACUCAUAAUGGAGAGGAGUACUCAAAAGCUUUGGAGGAUUUCACUCUUGAAAAUAUUCUUUCCCACAUUUAUUGUUUUCGUUGUCGUGACUACACAGAGCUACUGGCACAAGUUUACCUCCUUCCAGACUUCCUUUCAGAACAUUCAAAGGUUCGAUUAGUGAUAGUGGAUGGCAUUGCUUUUCCUUUUCGUCAUGACCUAGAUGACCUAUCCCUUCGUACUCGAUUACUAAAUGGCUUAGCCCAGCAAAUGAUCAGCCUUGCAAAUAAUCACAGAUUAGCUGUAAUUUUAACCAAUCAGAUGACAACAAAGAUUGAUAGAAAUCAGGCCUUGCUGGUUCCUGCAUUGGGGGAAAGUUGGGGACAUGCUGCUACAAUACGGUUAAUCUUUCAUUGGGACCAAAAACAAAGAUUGGCGACAUUGUACAAAUCACCAAGUCAGAAGGAAUCUACAAUACUGUUUCAAAUCACACCUCAGGGAUUUAGAGAUGCUGCUGUUGCUACUACAUGUUCAUUGAAAACACAAGGUUCGUUGACUUCCCGGAAGCGGUCACGAGACUCAGAAGAACAAGAACCCAAAGACUAGUGUCAAAGUACACAUAUAUGAUGAGACUGUGGAAAUCAGUAGUUGAAGGAACCUGGUGAAUACAGCCUAAAAGAGUCAACCACUCUGCAACAUAGAGCAGAGAAAAUAAGAAGAAAUGGACACCACAGCAAACAGGACGAGGACUGACAUAGUGAUCAAUUCUUUUUGACUUUUAAAAUCAACUUUAUUGAGGUAUAAUUUACAUACUUAUUUAAAGUAUACACAGAUAAUUUUUGACAAAUGAAUGCACCUCUAUAACCAGUCAAGCUAUAGAACAUUUUAAUCACUCCACAUAAUUCUCUCUUGCUCCUUUGCCAUGAACCUCCACCCUACCUCAGUCCUUAGUAACAACUAAUCUCUUUUUGUAGCAGUCUUGCCUGUAGUAGAAUUUUAUAGAAAUAGAAUUAUAUAGGAUGUCUGUUUUGUGCCUAAUUUUUUUCCUUCUAAGCAUGUUUUUGAGAUUCAUCCAUAUUAUUUUAUCAGUAGUACAUUUCUUCUUUUUGCUGAGAAGUAUUCCAUUGUAUGAAUACACCACAAUUUGUUCAUGCAUUCACUUAUUGAUGGACAUCUGGGUUAUUUUCAAGUUUGAGCUAUUAUGAAUAAAACUACUACAAACAUUUAUAUACACAGUUUUUUGUGGUGUGUGUGUGUGUGUUUAAUAGACAUGUUUUCAUUUCUCCUGGAUAAAUACCUGUGAGAGGAAUUGCUGGAUCAUAUGACAAGAAACUUCUUAGCCUUUUGAAUAAUGUCAUUGCAAUCAUUGUCCAUGAAAGGACAUUGUGCGUUUCUUCCAAAGAGUUAAGGACUAGACGGAGAACAGUUCUUACAAGAAAAAAAAAAUCUCAAAAAUUUUCUAAG